AUGGCAAAUAUCCAGCACAGACGAGCCAGUGACGGUGAAACGGCCCCAUUGAUUGCACCUCACCAAACCAACAGGCACGAUUCAGACGCAGUUCAAAAUGCCGUGUCUAACAACUACGGGACCGUACACGAUACAGAGGCUGCCGUUCCAGAAGCCCACGCAGACACUGAGUAUCAACACAGCGGUCUCGUCGCCAAGGUCGUAGGCGCCUUGUUCAUUGGCGUCUUCACAUCCAACUUGGAUGGAUCUCUCACUUUAGCAACGCAUCCCGUCAUCUCGUCCGAGUUUCAGGAUCUGGAAGACUCCAGUUGGCUCUUUAUCAGCUUCUGGCUGGCUGCGUCUUGCACGCAGUCCAUUUAUGGAAAACUUAGCGACAUUUACGGAAGAAAGCCCAUUUUGCUCGUCAGCUAUGGGCUCUUUGGUGCAGGAUGCGCACUCGUAGGAAUCGGUCAGACUAUGGGGCAGGUCCUUGUCGGCCGUGUUGUCUCGGGCUUCGGUCAAGCUGGCAUGAUGGUUCUAGCCGCCGUCGUCAUCACAGACUUGGUCCCUAUUAGGGACGUCGCAACUUGGCAGGGCUAUAUGAACGUCAUCGCCACCGGAGGCCGAACCUUGGGCGGACCACUGGGUGGCUGGCUAGCCGAUGUCGUGGGCUGGCGAUGGUCAUUUCUUGGACAAGUCCCCGUCUUCAUUGCCGCCAUUGUCAUCUGCUGGGUCAUCUUCCGAAGCCUCGAAGCCAAAGGCCAUGGCGCCCCCAAACAGGCGUCUUCAAAUACGACUUCAGAGAACUUGGCCCGGAUCGACUUUCUAGGCGCCAUCACACUCGGCCUCGGUCUUUUGUCACUGAUGCUACCUCUAGAGAUUGGCGGUCAAAAGAUCCCUUGGUCGCACCCAGCCGUCUUCGUCCUCGUUGGUACUGGACUCGUACUAAUUGGGCUCUUCAUUGUCACAGAGACCCGAUGGGCAAAAGAGCCCUUGUUUCCCCUGCGGCUACUCAAGAGUCGCGAUGCACUGAUAUGCUAUCUGAUUACUGGCUGUAUACUGGCUGCCCAGGCAGGUAUGACAUUCACAGUGCCGCUCUACUUUCAGGUCACGGAACGGUCCUCUAGCACAGCUGUUGGCGCGCGAUUGUUCCCUGCGGUGGCAGGUAACGCUAUCGGAGGAAUUCUCUCGGGAUAUCUAAUUCGAAGAACCGGUCGAUACAAGACAUUGGCCAUUAUUGCGUCACUUACUUCAGCGACUAGCUACCUCCUCCUUCUUCUCUUCUGGAACGGGCAUACUAGCUGGGCAGAAUCCUUGUACAUUUUUCCAGGUGGCCUGGGAUGUGGCAUCAUCCAGAGCACCAUCUUCAUUGCUGUGCAAGCCGCCAUUGACCCUCAAGAUAAAGCAACAGGCAUCUCGGGCUUCUUCCUAGCCACUCAGAUUGGCAUGGUUCUCGGGAUGGCCGCCGUCAGCGCGCUGAUGAUUGCCGGCGUGCAGCAGACGCUACGACCUCGACUGAUCGCUCAAGGGCUUUCCUUGUUAGAAAUUGAUACGAUUAUCAAGCGAGCAGUCACCGAUGUCAACUAUGUCGACGAAACCUCUGGAGCCGUGUCCAAGGCCAUUGUUACGUCCUAUGUCAACGGCUUGGAAUAUAGCCACGCAUUCUCCGUCGUUUCGUCUCUGUUGGCAUUCGGCGCCGCGCUGCUCCUGCGUGAGCAAAAGUUGGCUCAAUGA